AUGGCCGACGACUCGGACCUGUGCUCUGAUUACUACGACGACGAUGAGGACGACGAGUCGGACCAGCUGUACCAAGUGGACUCCGGAAACGACUACCUCGGGGAAGACACACAGCCGGAGGCCAGCAGCUCCAGGAAGCAAGAAUGGACGGUGAUCGACCAGUGCACCCUCGCCAAGCUGCAGAAUGGUGCCCUUGAAGCUGUCUCUGGUAUCAUGGGAUGCUCCCGAUCCACAGCAAGGAAGCUUCUUGUGCACUUCCGCUGGGACAAAGAGUCACUGAUGUGCACUGUGGCAGAUAAGGGUCAGGAAGUUGUGUAUCGUGCUGCGGGGGUGACCUCAGCAGUGGAGUUGGAGGACCCCAGCGCAAGCAUGGCUGAGGUGGACUGUGGGAGCUGUCUCUGUUCCGUGGCAAGGAAUGAGUGCACAUCGAUGGAAUGUGGGCACAUUUUCUGCAAUUCAUGCUGGCAACAGUACUUUGAUGUGCAAAUCAGUGAUGGCAAUUCUCGACGGCUAAGAUGCAUGGCCUUCAGGUGUGGAGCGAUUUGUGAUGAAGGAAAGGUGGGGGAGUUGCUGCCAGACUCAUCGCCAGCCCUCAAGCGCUAUCAACAAGCACUUCUCGAGUCGUACAUCGAGGACAACCAAAAUGUACGGUGGUGUCCAAGUGCCCCGCAUUGCGGGCGGGCGAUCCAGGUGGAUGGAGACCACUACUGUGAGCCCCAGUGCUGCUGUGGUCUGAUGUUCUGCUUCAAGUGCGGCGACCUGCCGCACUCCCCAGCCACCUGUGAAAUGUUUCAGAUCUGGAAACAGAAGUCGCAGGACGAUAGUGAAACCAAGAAUUGGCUGUGUGCACACACAAAACCAUGCCCGAAGUGCAAGAAUCCUGUGGAGAAGAAUGGGGGCUGCAACCUGGUGGUUUGCCGGUGUGGUCAGGCUUUCUGCUGGCUAUGUGGCUCCGCCACAGGCACGGACCACACAUGGACAAGGAUAUCAGGCCAUGAGUGUGGACGUUGGAAAGAUGAUAUGGACAAAAAGGUAGAUGAAGCUUCACGCAAUCAUAAGAGGUACAUGCACUAUUUCGAGCGAUGGAAGGGUCACAUGGACUCCCUGGCCAAAGAAGACGAGCUGAGGGCUGAUGUUUUGACGUCGGUGGAAAAUUUGGAAAAUGCGGACAACGAACUGAACGACUACAGCUGGAUAACGUUCGGGCUAGACCAAGUCCUUGUAGCUCGCAGGAUCCUGUCCAGCAGCUACGUCUUUGCUUUCUUCAUGUUUGGGAACGACAUGUUCAAGUCAGAAAUCAGCGAGGAACGGAACCUGGCGAACAAGGAACUGUUUGAAGAUCAGCAGCAGAUGCUAGAAGCAGAGCUGGAGCGCCUCUCACACCUCCUGGAGGAUGCACAGAAACCCGCAAACAAAAGCAUGCAGCUGCGGAUGCUCGUCAUCAACAGCAAGGACAGCAUUCACAGGAGGAUCGUCAAUUUGUACAACACGCUGGAGAAUGAUAUACUGUCGCAGUUGACACAGUCAGCGAGCAGCAUCGCUCCAUACACUGGCAAGUGA